AUAGCAAUGGCUUCCAACCUGAUAGCCAUGGCCUGCACCCUAGUAGCGAUGGCCUCCAACCUAAGAGCGAUGGCCUCCUCCAUGGAAUGCUCAUUUCUGACUUGGUGAGCUUGGAUGCCAAUCCGAGCUUCGAGAAGACUUGGGCUCAGGUCUACUUGGCAUGCUGCAACACACAAACAGGCGGAGAUUGUUGGCGGCAUUGUAAUGGCUGCUGCUGCCAUGAUGUUGACUUUAGACACUUGCGGCAAGCCUUGGCUGGCCAUGUGCAUGCCCUGGACUCACUUCCUUCAGCGGAGAAGGUGCAACGAGCCUUUUGGCUGAUGCCAGAGGCGUACGUUGCUGGUUUGCAUUUCACACAUCAUUGCAGCGGCGAUGUGGAUAGUUGGCUCGCCUCCAAGGAUCCUCUCGGCAUUUUGGCACUCCGCCUCUUUUUUCAUGAACUUGAAGCCCUGUGGACAGAAGACAACAAGGCGCAGAUGGACGUCCGUGAGCAGCGGAACGCGCAACGAACCUGGGGGAUGAUGCAGCUUGCGUUGAAAUUCUUUUCCUUCCACGAGAUUGCUGCAAGCGGUUGGCCAGUGCUGAAUCUUGCAAAGGCCUUGUACACCUUCUUUGAAAUCCCUUUGUCUGUGGUCCAGGAGCAGGAGAGACUGCAGAACGAUGCCUCCAACGAUGGAAGGUUCUUCCGACUACUUUGGGAACACGCUCCGUUGAAGAGCAGAAAGGCGCCCAAGGAGGAGAAUCAGCGAGGGCGAGACCUGGAAUUGCAGCUGCUGCACGUUGCCCCGCACGUCUCUCUUAAGCUGAAGCCAAUUGCACAGAUCGUUCAGGUGCAGCUCCGUCACGACGAUCUCGAAGUCCCAUCGUGCCGGUCAUCAAGCCUUGACGAUGAGCUCUCCAGAAUACUCAAAGAAGUCUUGGGCGAGGUACCGUCUCUUCAUCAUUUGAUGUUCAACACCUUUCCAGUGUUAGCCCUGCUGGAUCGCUUGCUGCUGCCAACUGCAGCUUGGGUCGGAUUCGAGCUGUGCACUCCGCCAAUGUGGCGGAAUGGCUUGGCUGCGUACACGGCUGCCAGGCUGCAUGCCAGCGAAGACACCGGGUGUGCAGAGCUUCAGAGCUUGAUCUACGAGCGAGACAUCGCUUGCCUUGUGGAUGUCGGGGCCAUGUUCGGAGCGUGUGCUGCUGUAGCUGCCCAUGCCUUUCGAGCCACUAACAGAAAGGUGAGAGUCGUUGCGUACGAGAAGAGCCUUUCGAGUGUGCAGAUACUGCGGAGGACGGCGAGUCUGGGGAACCUGAGCGUGGAGGCACAUGCUGUUUGCAUGGUCAACACGCAAAAGGAGUGCUGGGGUUGUGAGGUCUGCCACACUUUAACGGAAGACUAUCCCUUUGGAUCAGAGGGUCCCAUUAUGCUGUGGAUGAGCCAAAUGAGUGGACCACUCCAGUACAUCCUCAAGGGUGGGGCAGCUCUCUUCCAAAAGCAAUUGCUUCACACCGUUGCAGUGAUGACGAUCCCCAAAGAGAUCUCUGGGAUCAAGGAGACGCUGGGCUCAGGCUAUGAGUUCAAGCUGCGAUGGCAAAACUCCUCGCUGUACCUUGGGCUUCAUUCCGGGUGGAGGCAUUCCACCGUCCUGGUGGUGGCGACUGCGCGGCAGGUCUGACUUCUUUCCUGAGAAGGUUGAGAUGCAAAUUCGUUUGGCGGCAUGUUUCCAUUUGCUGGCGAAUGUACAGGUUGCAAUGGCCUCCACCCUAGUGGCGAUGGCCUCCAACCUGGCACAAAAAUGAAAAACAAAGGCCCAACGAACGAAGACACCCAGAGUCCCAACAACCCAACGAACAGAAGACAACGUGGCUUGUCGGG